AAUAUGACCAAAGGAGAAGAAGUUAGCAACAAGCAAGUUGUCUUCAGAGACUAUGUACAUGGGCCACUCAAAGAAACAGACAUGGUUUUGAGCACAAGCACCACCCAUCUAAAGGUUCCUCAAGACUCCAAAGCCAUUCUGGUGAAGAAUAUCUACUUAGCUUGUGAUCCCAGAACAAAAAUACUCUUAAUCGAGCCUGGCUUGGCUAUCCGUGGGUUUGGAGUAGCUAAAGUCUUGGAUUCUGAUCAUCCAGACUUUAAAGAAGGUGACUUUGUAUGGGGGAUCACUACAUGGGAAGAGUACAGCCUCAUUAAGACACCUGAGUCCUUGUUUAAGAUUCACAACACUGAUGUACCUCUCUCUUACUAUACUGGAAUUUUGGGUAUGCCAGGUCUAAGUGCUUAUGCUGGUUUCUUUGAGCUUUGUUCUCCUAAGAAAGGAGAGUAUGUCUUUGUGUCAUCAGCAUAUGGUGGAGUUGGGCAGAUUGUUGGACAAUUUGCUAAGUUGAUGGGUUGCUAUGUAGUUGGAAGCGCUGGCUCUGAUGACAAGGUCAAUUUAUUGAAGAACAAGUUUCGGUUUGAUGAGGCUUUCAACUACAAAAAAGAGCAUGAUUUGGCUGCAGCUUUGAAAAGGUACUUCCCAGAUGGUAUUGACAUUUACUUUGAGAACGUAGGUGGUAAAAUGCUGGAUGCAGUUUUACUCAACAUGAGACACCAUGGCCGCAUUGCUGCGUGUGGAAUGAUCUCACAAUUCAACCUUGAGCAACAUGAAGGAGUUCACAAUUUGUUUAACCUCAUCUCUAAGAGGAUUCGAAUGGAGGGUUUUGUAGUUCAUGAUCACUAUCACCUCUAUCCCAAGUUUCUGGAUUUUACUCUUCAAUACAUCAAAGAAGGGAAGUUGGUAUAUACAGAAGAUAUUAUUGAAGGCCUUGAGAAAGGACCUUCUGCCUUAAUAAGACUCUUUGCUGGCCAAACAGUUGGAAAACCGGUUAUUCGUGUCUCUCAUGAAUGAAUGAAUACCUUAUGAUAACCCUAGGAAUCCAUACCUUGUGGAGAACUUAGGAAUUUAACCCUUAUGAUGGUACUCCUCUAGAUAGUUCAGUUCUGUAUGUAUUUAGUGUCAAGUCCUCUUUUGGGCCAUCCCUUUUGGUUUUUUGUUGUGGAUUGAUCCUUCUUGUUGAAGUUAAGGUUCUAUGGGUCUCCUUUGUGUAUGGAAGGCAUGUCUUUGAGUGGCUAAGAGG